CAUAGUCCGGGCGACCUGUCCUAUGCCGGCUCUGUCUCCACUCUCCUUCAACCGCGCACGAUAACAAACGGUGUCCGUCUCUUCGUUCAGCCUGGCCGGUUUUCUCCUUAGUCGGUUACUCCGUACGCUUCUCGAACGAACAAUAAGGGUUAGUGGUUCCUAUAUACUCGUUUUCAUCCUCUAAAACACACCCAGCGAACAGAAUGGCUACCAACAGGGCUACCAAAAGUGGAUUUGCUGCUGAGGCGCAACGAAAGGUCAAUGCGAAAUACAGUGAAGAUCUAGCUUCAGAAUGUCUGCAGUGGAUAAACACAAUUACAAACGAUAACCAUCCUACUUCAGGUGAUAUGGACAAUUUUUACGAAGUCUUGAAAGAUGGAACAGUACUGUGCAAACUAGUCAACACAAUCAAGCCCGGCAUCGUGAAGAAAGUAAACACGUCGACGAUGGCAUUCAAAUGUAUGGAAAACAUCAACGCCUUCUUGGAAGCGGUACGAGAACUUGGUGUGCCCGCCCAAGAAACCUUCCAAACAGUUGAUCUGUGGGAAAGGCAGAACCUUAACUCAGUCGUCAUCUGCUUACAGUCUUUGGGCAGGAAGGCUGACAAAUACGGCUUCCAAGGCAUCGGUCCCAAAGAAGCCGAGAAGAACGAAAGAACCUUCUCUGAGGAGAAACUCCGAGCGGGACAAACCAUCAUUGGCCUUCAAAUGGGCAGCAACAAGGGUGCCAACCAAUCAGGGAUCAACUUUGGCAACACCAGACAUAUGUAGACUACAACGACCAACGGACUUCAUUGUAGGAUAUAGAGAGCUCGUCAAUUUUUUAUUCAGUAAUAGCUGCGCGUAUAUAUUUUUUAAGUUUAUUUAUGUAGAUUAUACAUAUAUAUUGAACUUGGUGAGUUUUGUUAUGAAUGAUGCUGGGCACAAACUUGGCAUUAUCAUACAUACAGGAUAGGAAUUAUGGAAAAAAUCUUCAAGCCAGGAACUAUAUAGUAGAACGUUAAGAUGAUUGAUUUUCAUUUGGCUCUUCCUAAAAAGUUGUACCAAUAGUAGUGUCUUCCAAACCAGGAAAAAUUAUAGCAUUGAGCCACUUAGAUCCUGGAAUUUCGCGCUCAAAAUAUAUUUCGGAAUAGAAGUGAAAAACCGUUGUUGUCACCCUGCCAUUUUGUAAGGAAACUCUCCUGUAAGUAGGAUAAUGUAACUUCUACAAUUUUUCUCGUACUUGUUAGACAAAGUAUUUUUUUAAUGUUGAACAUUCCUGUUGAUUUAAAUAAAAUAUGAUGCAAAAUAAGGACUGAAGGGGUUAUCCUUCUCGUCUGACUCUUAUACCGUUUAAUCUUUGCGACCCUAAAUUAUGUAUAUAACUACUUUGGAAAUGCAUGUUUUCAGUGGGAAAAUUUCUUUUGGAGUCAGAAUUUAAUUUAAACUAUAGCUUUUUGUGAACCGAACAAAUAGAUUCAUUGAGGAGAAAUGCUACUUCUCAAGAAUAUGCCAGUUCCACCGUCUCUUCAUUUCAAACAGAAAUUCAUUUAUUUCGUUUCUGAAUGUUUUUGUUUCUUAUUGAAAGAACUUUUCAUUAGGAAGCUUUCCCACUGUUUUUUAUUUAUUAUAUCACUUCUAAAGCCAUAUUACACUAAAUGAUAAAGAGUUAGUUUACUUGUAUUCAACUUUUUUCUCAAACCACAACGAGUUUAUUUAAAUGAAUUUAUAUUAUUAGUUGAUAGAGAUCAACUUUCAAAAAAUGGUCGUAGAUUCAGAUACUUAAGAUAUGUAAGUAAUAUAUAUUUAGUAAUAUA